UCAUAUCUUCGGUUUCUCUCUCUAAAACUACUCAUUAAAGCCACUCAUUUUCUCUUCUAAACAUAUAUAUAUUCACGUUCCCCUUAACUCAGUCGUAAUUGGGUUCUUCUCUCCCUUAGUACACGCUUUUCAUUUGUUUCCAGAGCUAAAUCAGCUGACUUAAGCUGAAUUUUAGGGUUUGAAGGAGAGUGGGGAGUUCAGUUGACGAUGUGAAAUGGUAACUGCGGUUACAUCCACCCCCAAGCAGCGCCCUUCGCAGAACCCAAAGCGGCCGCCGUUGCUGUCGUCCGACUCUGACAAUGCGCCGUCAAGCCGUCCCAAAGCUCGUGAAGUAUCCUCCCGCUAUUUGUCUCUCUCAACCUCCUCAUCCUCUUCCAAUUCUUCCGCGUCAACCAACACGACGUUUUCUUCCGUUACAUCCGGGUCGUCAGUUGCGUCGAGAAGGUCCCAGUCUCCAAUGCUUAGCAGGAGUGUCGCGGUUGCUACUCCGAAGAGUCAGCAGAGGGCGGUGUCUGCUGAGAGACGUCGGCAGGGGGCGACGACGCCUUCUAAUGCUGAGAGAAUGUUGGUGACGUCAGUGCGGAGUUUAUCGGUAUCGUUUCAGGGGGAAUCGUAUUCGCUGCCUGUGAGUAAGGUCAAGCCACCUCCGGCAGCCGCCGGAACUCCCGGGGGUUUGAGGAAAGGUACGCCGGAGAGGAAGAAAGCGGGAGUGACGCCGGUGAGAGAUCGAAGAGAGAGGGAUAGGGAGAAUUCGAGGCCGAGUGAUCAUCAGCAGCAUCGUUGGCCGGGAAGAUUACGUGGCGAGAAUUCGAAUUUCUUCACUAGGAGUUUGGAUUACGUCACGGGACGAGUGAAAUUGAGUGGAUCCGGUUCUGCGCUCAAGGAAUUGAGAAAGUCUGUGGCUGAUGAAAAUAGUAGAAACAAGGUUAGUAAUUUGAAGUUGGACAAUCACGAUGUUGACGUUCGAGGAACAAGUGAGCUCGAUGGUCGACCGAGAUUAGGUGAGUCCCGGAACUCAGAUGCUGAGAGUGACUCAAGCGAGAGCACUGCAAGUGGAAAUGUGAUUCAACUCAGAGGAGGGCCACGUGGGGUUGUUGUGCCGGGAAGAUUCAGUCAAGAUGCGAGUAACCGAGAGCAUAAAGUACUGGAUCCUGGUUCACCCUUAUCAAAUAGUGCAUCAAAUAGAACAUUAGGUCAUUCAAAAUUAAUUGUUGCAAAGAAUUUUCAAAACGAUAGUCCUGUUUCAUCACCACGCGAAGUUUUUGCGAUUAGAGGAUUAUCACCUCUUCGAGGGGGAAUGAGGGCCGCUUCACCAAGCAAGGCCUUGACUUCAUCUGGUGCUCUGUUAAGGGGUAUGGCUAGUCCGACAAGAGCUGGAAGUGGUGUGGUAACUUCAAUGAAUGCCAGUAACACGUGUAGCACACCAUCUAUAUUGAGCUUUGCUGUUGAUAUGAGGAAGGGAAAGCUGAGAGAGAAUCGAAUUGCUGAUGCACAUAACUUGAGGCUGCUAUAUAACCGACUGUUGCAGUGGCGAUUAGCAAAUGCGAAGGUAGAGAAUACCCUGUUGGUACAAGAACAGACAGCAGAGAGAAGUCUCUAUACCGCUUGGAUGACUACCUCAAAAUUGCGACAUUCGGUUGGGUCCAAGAGAAUUGAACUACAACUUUUGAGACAUAAUGUGAAGCUUUAUUCUAUAUUAAAGGAGCAAGAGCCAAAUUUGGAGAGCUGGGGUCUGUUCGAGAGAGAUCACUGCAAUUCCUUAUCUGGUGCUAUAGAAGCAUUGGAAGCUAGCACUACCCGUCUUCCGCUUGUCGGUGGUGCAAGGGCUGAUAUUGACAAGGUGCAAGAAGCAAUAUCUUCGGCUGUUGAUAUGAUGCAAGCAAUGGCAUCUUCAGUUUGCUCUUUGCUAACUAAGGUGGAGCAGAUGAACUUACUGAUGUCUGAACUUUCUAAUCUAAGUGUAAGGGAGCAUCGUCUACUUGAUGAAUGCAAAGAUUUGUUAUCAACAACAUCCAUACCCCUGCAGGUCAUAUAUUGUAGCCUGAAGACCCAUGUACUGCAAGUUCAUACACACACCCGUAAGCUCAGCAAAGAAAGUGCAAAAUGCUGAUCUUCUCUUAUUGCUAACAUCAGCCAACUGCUAUUUCUCUUACAGCACCAUGCAAGUGAAAUGGUAGUUUUCAUAGUUAAUUUUGUGUGGGGAUUGUCACAGUGGUCUGUCUGUCUCCUUUAGGUUUCUCUAGAGCAGCCCGAAAAUGUACUUUUGUGUGCGAAGAUAUGUAGAAGAUCUUACUUUCUAGUUUAGGUCGUUACACCUAAUCCUAUCAAUUUUCCGAGAUAUGUAAAUAUGCUAGUUUAGCCUUCAAGUAUAUGCUCAUCUAGUAAUUAGCAUUCUGUUUUUUGUUUGUGAUGCUGUGUUUUUUGAGGCCGCAAUGGGGCGCUAUGCGUCGGAAGGUACUAACGUUUGUCCUCCUUGG